GAGGAGUGCAAAAAUAAAAGGCCCUCAACAUUGCAAGUAGCCUAGAGGGAAGUGAGAAAGCAUCUAAAAAUGAAGGCUUUUCAGACCAUCUACAGACAGCUCAGAAGUUCAAAGGGGUUUUCUCUAGAACCAACCGCCCAUGUGGAUUUUUCCACUUCCUCUUACUUUUGUAGCCGGAAGAAAAAAGUGAACCCUUAUAAAGAAGUAGACCAGGAAAAGUACUCUGAUUUAGUACAAUCUGUCUUGUCAUCCAGAGGCCUUGCUCAGACUCCAGAAUCAUUGUUUGAGGAAGAUAAUUUACUCUAUGGACCUGUGAGUAAGUGUAAGCCCCAAAAGCAAGAUGAGGAAGCAAAAGCUCCACGAAACUGGUGUCCUCUCUUAAUUCCAGAGAGAAGCGUAAAACCAAAUGUAACAAGCACUCCUACAAUUCCUUUGAGAAUCCCUUUGCAAAGAAAUACCAUACCAAGUGUGACCAAGAUCCUUCAGCAGACCAUGACAUCAGAACAGAUUUUCUACUUGGAGAGGUGGAAACAGCGGAUGAUUCUGGAACUGGGAGAGGAUGGCUUUGCCGAAUAUUCUUCAAAUAUAUUUUUACAAGGGAAACGGUUCCAUAAAGCCUUGGAAAGCAUACUUGCACCCCAAGGGGACUUGAAAGAGAGAGAUGAGAAUCUCGAAUCUGGAUAUAUCGAAAGUGUCCAGCAUAUCCUGAAAGAUGUCAGUGGAGUGCGAGCUCUUGAAAGCGCUGUUCAGCAUGAGACCUUAAAGUAUGUAGGUCUACUGGACUGUGUGGCUGAAUAUCAGGGCAAGCUGUGUGUGAUUGAUUGGAAGACAUCAGAGAGACCGAAACCUUACAUUCGAAAUACAUUUGACAACCCGCUGCAGGUUGUGGCCUAUGUUGGUGCCAUAAAUAAUGAUGUCAACUAUAGCUUUCAGGUUCAGUGUGGCCUAACUGUGGUGGCCUACAAAGAUGGAUCCCCUGCCCACCCACAUUUCAUGGACACUGAGCUCUGUUCCCAGUACUGGGCCAAGUGGCUUCUUCGACUAGAAGAAUAUACAAAGAAGGAAAAGAACCAGAAUAUUCAGAAACCAGAUUAGGGGACAGAAUGAUAUCUGGGAACAUUCACUAGUUCCUCACAGUUUGGGAAGAUCUAUUGAUGUUUACGGUAGAGAUGCCACAGGAUCUGAGAGCUACAUAACCCAAGUGGAAGUAUUUGUUGAAAUGUAUUACAACUAAAAAGAUCAAAAAGUCAGAAAAGUUUAGAUUUUAAGGGUUGGACUUGAGCAC